CAGUGGUUAUCCCCAUAACAAAAGAUUGCUUCGAAGCGCAUUGGCGCUUCUAUCUGUCAAACAAGGAGAGGCUUACGCAAAUAUCUGCAAUCGGUCUGAGAUCCAAUUGUCUAGCGAAAUGUUGUAUUCUCAAAGGAUUAUUGGUCAUAUAUGCGGCGAGGCUGACUUUCCUCGGCCUUUGAGCUCCCAGUGCGAGACCGAGCCAUGGAGUUAAGAGUUGCUUAGCGAAGCCCCUUUCUCCACUACUUUUCUGCAUUACAAAUCUGGUUAUAGCCUUGCCUGACCAAAGUAAGGCUUCGUGCAAGGCUACAAGUAUAAGAAUCGUCACCAUGGCAUAUCCUCCUCCAGCAGACAAUACUCGUUUCGAGCCAUUCAACAUCACGAACCACCCAUACAAGGUCGUCAAUGGGCAAGAGAUUGAUCUCAAUGUUCUGAUCCCCAAGAAUAUCCACACAGGCAAACGUCCCAUCAUCAUCCAUUUCCACGGCGGUUUUCUCAUAAGCGGAGAUGCAAUGUUUCCUGAUUGGGCUGCGUCGUGGGCACUCAAUUACCAGCUCCAGCACUCAGCUAUCCGCAUAUCGGCCAAUUAUCGCCUUCUCCCAGAGUCCAAUGGUCUUGAGAUCUUGUCAGACGUACGCGAUCUCUUGGACUGGGUUCAAAACGACCUCGCCGCCUAUCUUAAACGCAUCGGCAGCGAUAUCACCCCAGAUCUCGACCAGGUCAUCGUUUACGGCGAAAGCGCUGGCGGAUACAUUUCCCUCUUAUCUGGAUUGAUGAAGCCUCAAUUCAUCAAGGCUGUCAUUGCAGCUUAUCCCAUGACUUAUAUUGAUUCGGAUUGGUACUCCAAGGCCUCGACUGAUAAAUCUCCUUUCGGUACUCCGCAACUGCCUCGCAAGAUCCUCGAUGAUCACAUCGCUGCCAUAAAGCCUGGUUCAAUUGUAACUAAAGCAACUCCCCCGGCACGCCUUCCACUGGGCAUGGUUGCAUUACAACAAGGCCUAUUUGGGGAACUCAUAGGGAGCGAUGAGUCCCUGCGACUCGAAAAAGUGCUGGUCAAGAAGAGUGCGGGUGAAAAGAUGCCGUACUUGUAUAUCUUCCAUGGGAAGGGCGAUUCUGCUGUCCCAUGUGAGCAAUCUGAGCAGUUCCUGAAAGAAUGGAAGGCAAAGUUCGGGGAGGACAGUGCGAUUGGAGAAUUUCAGGAAGGAGAGCAUGGAUUUGAUGGCGAGUCUUCUCUUGAGGAUGAAUGGAUGCAGAGAGGUUUGACUGGUGUCACGAAGGCUUGGAUUGGAUGAUUGGAAU